UCUAUCCCUGACGUCCUGGGUGUGCCCCUCGCGGUCGUCGCCCCAUGGGACGACAACGCGUAGUGUCAUGCCUUUGACCAUUACACUGCAGUCCUUAUGUGUUUCCUACGACGCAAGCCUGCGCACAUUCCCUACUCGGACGGCUACGGGGGCUGCAGCCUCCAUCACGAGGCUUCAGUCACUCCGCAAGAAGGCAGAGGUAGCGUUGGGUAUGAUAACGGUCGAGGCAAUGGCGUCGGCAAUGACUGGGCUGCAAUGACUGGGCGUGUGCUGGGCGUGGGGGCGAUGCGGAAGGUUCAGGGCGGGAGCAGGUGGCACAGAAGGAGAUGAACGUUGCCGCCGUGGCAGCACUACGAGUAAUUAAUCGAACAACGAAUAUAUUUACGGAAGCAGGUCAUUUACAC